CCAUUGACCCACACAAACACCCCCUCUUCUCUCUCCUCUCCUCCCCCUUCUUAUUCUUUAGCUGACCUCACCUGAGAAAAGCAGGACUCAUCAUCUUCUUCUUCAUUAUCAUCAUUAUCAUUCAUCAACACCUUCAAUACUGAACAGCUUGAAAUCCCUAAAAGUAGCAAAAGCAGUCGCCUUUUUCGUCUUUGUUCUCCAGAAAUCUCAAAGCGAAAGCCAUGGGGGUAAGCUGCCAAGUCCUUUGAUUUCUUUACUGCGUCCGUUUGCUGUGUUUGAUCUGAGACGCUUGAGUUUCUGUGGAGCGAUUCAUUCCACUUUCAGUUUUCUGGUGUUGAUGAAAUCAAUAUAUAGUCCCCCCCCUGAUGCUUUAAAUUCCCUUCAUAUCCAUUUGGUUUCUAAUUUUGAACAGAAGCUUCUCAUGUAUGAAUAUGAUGUAUCUAAGUGGUGUUUGUGGUUUUCUGAAAAGGGUGUGCCGUUGCCAAAAUUUGGUGAAUGGGACGUCAAUGAUCCAGCAUCAGCUGAGGGAUUCACUGUAAUCUUCAACAAGGCUAGGACUGAGAAAAAGGAAGGUGGAAGACCUGACUCACCAUCAAAGGAUGACCACGCAUUUAAGCACGGAGCAGUUCUUGGAAAGCCUCCAGCUAAGAAAUGGUUUUGCUGCUUGUGUGCGGAAUCGUGAGGAGGCAACUACCAUGUCAUAAACUUUACAGGAGAUAUUAUUAUGUAGUAAUGCCCCCAUGCCGAUAUAUAUUCCAGAAGACUGGAGCUGUGUUCAGAAGCCGUGAUUGGUCCUGCUGGAAUCUGUUUGCUGUCUUUAUGAACGUUGGUAGAAAUGUGGGCUUAUUUGGGGACAGACAUGAUUGGAAAAUGAUACUGUUUUACAUUUAUGUAUACUGGUGAACUAUAUUUGCAUGUAGCUUUAUCUUCUUGAAUCAAUGCUUGAUUCUGAGUUUAUCAUGACUGUUUGUUUCCUGUGUUCGAUUCAGUUUGAGUUUCGUUGUGAGUGUAUUUGCAUAUUUGUGCAAUGUGAAGCUUUCUGUUUUCUUUUAAAUGAAGUAAUUUUUUCCCCUUCAA